CCCAAACAUUUCCGUUUCCUUCACGCGCACUCGACCCGCCUUCAUGGCCUUUGGCUAGCUGACGCUCACCCCGCGCACCGCAGCGCUACCAUGGCUCCCAUCCCAUCGACCGAAUUCGACCUGGCCAAGUGCCUCAAGGGCGAGCAGCAGCUUGUAACUUGGGAUAUCGCAUACCGCGCCCUCUGCGAACCCCGGACCGCAUCGAGGAGCGAGGCCCUACGCGACUUCCUCACCGUGCGCGAGAAUGUCGAGAUUCUCAGCCGGCCCUGGAAGCCGUUCGCAGACCCGUCGCCGCAGGAGAAAAGCCGAUUCGAGGCCAAGACUGCGCCCAUCAGCGUCGCGCCGGCCCAGCAGGCGCAUUUCAGCCUAGACGAGAUCAAGGCGGACAGUCUGUGGCUGUCGAGGCAGGCGCAGAUAUCAGAGUAUGCGGCGCUGCAAGUCGUCGCGCAGGAGUGGCAGAGCAGGCCGACGGUGCAGCUGCUGAGUGGGCUGACUGAAGAGGAGGCAUUGAGCGUGCAAGACGCCGCUGGACUCGCCAACCUGGGCGCAUCCACCUUCGUCCCAAACUCGUCCAUUAUGACGCCGCUGGCUUCGAGAUCCACCCAAUUCGACACCCAGGACCAGCGCAGACUGCGCAUCAUCGAAAUCUACCACUCCACGUGCGCCUCCAUCAUUCGCAUCAGUCAGCUGCUCAUCUCGUGGGGGGCCGCACCACAGCUGCGCAGCCAGACCAUCUACGGCAACGACUACCACACCGUGGGCGCCGGAUGGAUCGAAGAGCUUGGCAAGAACAUCACAACAGCACAAAUCAGCGGUCCUGCAACAGCACUCGACCAGUGUCUCCAGGCUGUGAAGAAGAGGUGCGAAACACUUGACGAAGGUUACGCAUGGGAUGUCGCCGAGACCAUCAUCGAAGCUGCAUCAGAAAAAUGGGUGACAGCACAGACCGUCGAGCUGCUGCAUCUGCUCCAUCUGGCGCAUGUGCAUGCGGAUGUGGUGACAAAGGGCUUCGUUCCUGCAGCUACCAUAGAGGAAUGGCUCACGACGUUCAGCACGCGCGGAUUCUUCAGAGAGUUUCCCGUUGUCACUCCCCGCCAGGAGCCGUUGGUGCCUGUCAUACAGCUGUUGACCUCCCUCGUCUCCUUAGCGAUCCUGAAGAUCGACGCCAUUGUCAAUGAUCUUGACUCGGAUGACUGCAAAAACUGGGAGACCUCAGCCUACAUCCUCAACACCGGUGUGCUCGAGACAAUCACCAAUGUCUUUGGCGAGGCACGAAUGUUGGGCCCAAGUCCCGCAACACCACCAAUGUUUGCUUGGGCUAUCAUGACGUGGAAGCUCACCAGCAAAGCAACUCUCGAAGAGCAAGAACGCGAAAGUCUGCUCGAAUCACCUGACGCAUCGCGAAGGCCUUUACCCGAACCAUCUGCUAUCGAGGAGGCAGCCAUGGUUGUCGGGCGCCUCGAAGGCUCCGAACUGUUCGAAGGCAAAACACCCUAUCAGGAGCUCGCCGAAGCUAGUUCAGCUGCCGGUGUGCUGGUUAUCGUAGAUCAGUUGGUUGAAACUGGUCUAACAGCGUUCGGCACCCCGGUUGAUCAGAUCUCAAGGGACAGGCUUCGACUUUCCUUCUUGCAGCUGCUUCGUGCUGCACUUGGUAGUGAAGUGGUCGUGUACAGUCCAGACCUCAUCGUCACAGCGUACUCCAUCCUCGGAGGCGACAGAUCAUUCCGUGCCUGGGCUGGCAAAGGGUCGUUCCAUCAAGCCGAUCCCGUUGUAUCGUUCUUCCUGGAAGACGAAGAUGUUCUGCGACCUCUCCUUCUGAACGAAGCGCGUCUCCGCUAUCCCUAUGAGUCAACGCCUUUCCUCAAGUUCUUCAGCGUUCUUACGCGUGGCGACAAAACGGUGCAGAACGGGCUACCGACCUUCGUCGAAAAACUCACCGAGACCAAUCAAUUGAUGCAGCGACUCCCACAAGGGUUCGCCGGGUACGCUUUGACGCGCGAAGAAGAGAAUGCAAACUGGGUCGAGCUCACUGAAGACCUUCCCUUGUUCUCUUCAGGGUCAAACUCAAGCGUUCGGGGCGGGCGUCGCUUGCUGACGUCCUCCAACACGCAACGCUCUGGAGGCCUCAUGACCAUCCCAGCAGGUACCGAAGGCGUCAUCGUCGAUGAUAGUGAGCAGCCGUACGUGGCGGUGUGGCGUUACCGACAUUCAACCUUGACAUAUCUGGUUCAGCUACUGUCAUCGUAUCCGAGCGGCAGCGGACGAGUUGAGUACACUUCGCAAGAGCCUGCCACAAAGGAGAAUGCUGUCGAGAUAGUUGGUCUCUUUGCGGACUUGUUACAUUCUGCACUCCAAUCAUCAGAAGGCACAUGCUCAGUCGAGCUGUUAGAGGCACUGAGCAUCAACAGUGAUGGAGGUCAAGAUACCGUCAGCAUUGUGCUAGCUGUUUUCGAGGAAGAACUGCUGCGAUUGUGCCAAGAACCAGGCAACGAAGCAUCGCUCGAGCUACUCGUCAACUGCACGCACUUCCUUGAGGCGCUUGUGCUCGUCGCACCAAAUAGAGUCUGGCCAUUCCUGGCACGCAGUCGAUUGCUUGAAGGAGACGGCAACGGCGGUAGCCUCGCCGCGAUCCUGAUCGGUACUGAGAUGGUUCUUGGGCGAUACGACUUCCUCAUCGGUUGUAUACGACUGUAUGAUAGCUUGGUCACGGAUGCCGUCGACCGUUCCGUCGCUCGCAAAAAUCCAAGCAGAGCACUCAGCCGCUUCAACGCAUCUAACGUUGCAGAAAGCGGUACUUCGGAUAAGAUAAUGAGCACAACUUUGUUCACAUUCGGUCGCACGCUGGCCAGCAUCUACGAGAGCUCGCUGAGCUGGAAAUACACGCGCCCAGAUCACCGGCCAGAAAUCAACAUCGCCAUUUGCGAUGUUUUCACCAAGAUCAUGAAGCUCGCGUACGGUGUAGACGAUGCACCCCAGCUGUCCGCCAAACUUACAAAGCUUGUUGCGCCGAUCGCAGAAUACAUCACCCAGCAAUACCUGGCGAAGUCCGAGAGUAAUCUGCCAACAAACCCUAUUCUGGCGUCACUCGUCAUUGGAGCUGGGUCCGACGGUUCGACAUUACUCACAAGCUCUGCUGCGCUCUGGAAGCAACAAACCGAAACCACUCUCCAAUUGGCUAGUACGUUGGUGCGAGUGGCCCUGCUACUGGACAGACCUUGGACCCAUUUGGAGCAACAACUGUUCAAGGCCACACCACUCCUUGCGCGCCUGUAUGCUACCAGCGACAGAUGGAAGUCCCCUGUGCUGCGACUACUGGAGACGCUUGUGCGGGGUGCCGUUAGAGUUACGGAGUCACAAUCGUCUGACGGCUCGGCUGAACAACAAGAGCCUCCGUCGCUACUAGGCCACCUCGGCCCUCGAACGGCGAAGAACUUUUUAAGCGUCCUGUCCGAGUUGGACGAACCACUCAGGAUAGUCGACAUUCAGACCGAUGUGUGGAACCUGCUGUCUGCUGUUGUGACGUGCAAGCAACAGUGGUUCUCGUUGUACUUGCUCACAGGCAACACGCCGAAAGAGUCACUACGAACAAAGCCCGACAGUGCAGCUGCAGCAGGGCACAAGGCACUCCUCACAUGGGCGAUACAGUCCGUCUCGAACAUGAAUCUAUCGCCAUCGGCCCCUACCGACCUUUCGUGGCCGUUGUACACGGCAAAGCUCGAGUUCAUCACAUCAGCCCAAAAUAACUGGUCGUGGGCGAUGGGCGACCUGCGCAAGCACAAGGAUCUCAUCCAAAAGUUGCUCGAAUUCUUGUUUUGGAUGACACGGCAACUCAGGAACCCUAAGACAAAUACCGAAAUCCUGCAACGCUCCCACCAAAAUCGUUUCGCAUCUCUAGCGUGUGAGGUACUCGCGAUGUACCUCCACAGCUCGCGGCAGGCUGGCGACAUCACGCCACUCAAGGACGUCGUCCCUGCCCUGGCGUAUCUUCAAGACAACGCUCUGGAGCUUCCAGCUUACAAUGAAUCUCUGCACAGCAACCUCAAGCAGAAUCUCGAGCGACAGUUUCCUGGCGUUACGUUGGCAAACCUGAAGCGGACCGCACUAUACCCCGAGUCAUUCGGCCGAAGCUUUUUCUACGACCUCGAGCUUGCCGAACAGCUGCUCGACUUUGACAACAGAUGGGCGGGGCCUCGGGAGGGCACUGGCUUCGUCAGUGAAGUGGAAAAGGCAAACUACAAUCUGGGUCUUGUAGAGUCGCAAGUCCAACUGCUACAAAGCUGGAAGCUGCUCGCACUUGAGCUCGGCCAGUUCGUAGGCAAGGAUGAGCGGCUGGUGCAGACCGUCAUUGAUGUUGUCAGAAGAUCAAUGAAGGCCAACGCCGAGAGCAACCUGCCAGAAGCUCUGUUUGGUCAGCUCAACGUCUUGCGUGCUGAUUUGUCGUUUGGCUUGCUGAAAAGGUUGGCUGAAGCCAAGAUCCACACAAAAGAAGCACGGCAGCUACUGGUCCCUGUUUGGAACGCUAUCAGAGCGUCCACGCCCGACUUCGACAGUGUCUUCUCCGGCGAUGCGGUCUUUCACUACCGGUCUCAGCUACGCAUCCUGUACCUCGUUCUGCAGCCUCACCUCAUUGAUGAUGCAGAGCAGAACGAGGAAGCCGAGUUCCGUUCCAGCUUCCGCGGCACAAUGCCUGCCAGCCACAAUACUAUGGAGACAUCUAGUUCGACUCUCCUCCUCGAGAUCCUUUCUGAUGCCAUCGCCAAGGGCAUCCGCAGCCUAGCAAACCAACUGCAUGCCGACCCAGCGACUGUCUCACCUUCGGACUUCGCUCUCCUGACCGCCAUCCUACAACGCAUCAUCGCCAUCCCAGAGAUGAGCAAGUGGCAGACGCAGGCUUCCUUGGUUUUCGAGAACAGCGGCACAAUCCGCUACGCCACCAGCCUAUUCUCCUGGUCAGACCGGCUCACCAUCACCCAGAACGGCGUCGCGGACCCCGUCUACGGCGAGCUCGCCCUCCUCUUCCUCCUCUCGCUUUCCGCAAUCCCCUCGCUCGCCGAAACCAUGGCCGUCGAGGGCGUCCUCUCGCAACUCAACACCGCAAACAUCAUGACCUACUACCGCCGCCCCGCCGGCAUGGGCCCCUUCGACACCCCGGCCCGCCUGCAUUCUAUCUGGGCCAAGGCGCUCCUCCCGCUGUGCCUCAACCUGCUCCUGUCCAUCGGCCCGCCCAUCGCCGCCGAAAUCUCCUCCUUCCUCAACCAGUUCCCGGAGCAGCUCGCCCGCGCCUCGGCCGCCAUCAACGCGAGCCCCUCGUCGCGCUUCACCGCAACCAAGAUCACGCUGGCCGUCGCGUCCGAGACGCACAGCCUCGCGCUCAUCGCGGCGAUCCUCGAGAACACGCGCAAACAGGCGCCCAAGCUGGGUGUCCAGGACGUCGCGCUGCUGGACUGGGACCGCGAGAAUGUCAAGGAGGAUGUGGAGAGCUGGCUCAGCCGCAAGAGUGCGCUGCGCGAGCGCGUGGUGGCGGUGGAUGAGCGCGAGGUGGAGAUGCUGGGGCGCAAGAGGGGGGAUCUUAAUGAGCUCGAGGAGCGGGUGCUGGGGGAGCUGGAGGAUGUGGGGAGGUGUUUGGGGCUGGGCAAGUAG